UCGUAUCUGUGAAUUUCGUUCUUCACUUGAAUUCGUACGCUCGCCGUUAAUAGAUCUUUUGUCGGGUAAAAUUGUUUUGUCUUAGUUGUGCAAAUAUAAAAAAAAAACAACAGCAGCGUGCAGAAUUUCUUAAAACAACGUGUGUAAAAUCAAACAGAUAAAGUGUAUCUAUCGCGCAAUUUUACCAAGCGUAAAAUUUAUAUAAAUAAAAUACCGAAAAAAGGCUAAGCAGCAGUAAUAAAAGUUGCAUUCACACAUACAAAUACGUAUACCAAAAAUCGAUAAAUCGAUCGCAGCAGCAAGCAUUUCGUCGUCGUUUUACACGAAUAUAGCACUUCAACAAAAAACUUACUUUUGCGUUGCCAACUAUUUGAACUACGCUCCCAGCAAAUUUGACUCAACUAACGCAGCGCGCUACCGCCAUCGACACAACAGCAGCAUCAAGAGCGCAGCAUAGAAGCAAAAGAAAUCAAAAUUUUGGCCGCAACAAGGAAAUCACACGCUAACGCAAUGGACUUUAUGAUGGCGAAUGCCGCAGGCCCAGUAGACGCACAGGCCCAACUAAUGGCUCAGACCGCUGGUAAUCCGGCAGCUGCCGCAGCCGCCCUCGCCGCAUCGAAUGCAUCACCUGCGCAGUCUGCUGCCGCUGCUGCGGCCGCACAACUGCAACAGCAGCAGCAGGUGCAGCAGGCCAUAUUACAAGUGCAGCAACAGCAAACACAACAAGCUGUCGCCGCCGCCGCUGCAGCCGUAACACAGCAAUUGCAACAACAAAAUGGCAAUGGCAAUGCAAAUGGCCAACAGAAUGGUAAUAAUGGCUCAAGCGAGACGCGCACCAAUCUAAUUGUCAACUAUUUGCCACAAACAAUGACCGAAGAUGAAAUCCGUUCGUUAUUCUCAAGUGUUGGUGAAAUAGAAUCGGUUAAAUUGAUACGAGAUAAAUCACAAGCAUUCAUGGAUCCCCUGAAUCCGCAAGGACCCAACAAGGGUCAGAGUUUGGGUUAUGGUUUUGUGAACUAUGUACGCGCACAAGAUGCCGAACAGGCUGUAAAUGUAUUGAACGGUUUGCGUUUACAAAAUAAAACCAUUAAAGUAUCAUUUGCACGACCCUCAUCGGAUGCCAUUAAGGGCGCUAAUCUAUAUGUUUCCGGUUUGCCGAAGAAUAUGACACAACAAGAAUUGGAAAAUAUAUUUACACCAUUCGGAGCUAUUAUCACUUCGCGUAUUUUACAGAAUGCCGGUAAUGAUUCGCAGACCAAGGGUGUUGGUUUCAUACGUUUCGACAAACGUGAGGAGGCCACACGCGCCAUUAUCGCUUUGAACGGUACCACACCACCGGACUGUACCGAUCCGAUUGUUGUGAAAUUCUCAAAUACACCCGGCAGUACUAGUAAAAUCAUGCAACCACAAUUGCCGGCAUUCCUUAAUCCACAGCUGGUACGGCGCAUUGGCGGCGCUAUGCAUACACCGGUCAAUAAGGGUUUGGCACGUUUCUCACCCAUGGCCGGUGAUAUGCUUGACGUAAUGUUACCAAAUGGUUUGGGUGCGACAGCGGCCGCUGCUAGUGCGUUGGCCAGUGGUCCGGGUGGCGCAUAUCCAAUAUUCAUCUACAAUCUAGCACCCGAAACGGAAGAGGCAUCACUUUGGCAGCUAUUUGGGCCAUUCGGUGCUGUGCAAUCGGUUAAAAUUGUUAAGGAUCAAACUUCGAAUCAGUGCAAGGGCUAUGGUUUCGUCUCGAUGACCAAUUAUGAUGAGGCGGCAAUGGCAAUACGCGCACUCAACGGCUACACAUUGGGCAAUCGAGUGCUACAAGUUAGCUUCAAGACCAACAAAUCAAAGUAAAGAGUAGAGAGUGAAAUGUGUUUGACUUCUGUGGUAGAUGUAGUAGUAAUAGUAGAAAAAAAAUUAAGAAAAAAUCCAGAGGUAGUAGAAAUUGACAACAACAACAACAACAACAGCGGCGAGAGAGUAGCAGUAAACAACAACAAACAACAACAUUAUUAUUAAUAGUAGUAAGAACAACAGUGGACACACACAAUAUACACAAACUCACACACAUAUGCAAACAAACGCAUAACCUAAGUAAAGUGAAAAUAUAAAACAACAGCAACAACAACAGGAAAGUAGUGGCUAUACGAAAAGCAACAACGUGGCAUGAAAUGAAAAUUACAGGCAAGUUGUUAGUUGGCUUUUUUUCAUGCCAAUGUAAAGUGCGCCCCGUGUACUAACAAAUAUUUGUAUCUGUAUACAAUAAAUUGAAAAUGUUAGCGACAUAACCUAAAAGCGUUAAAAACAUGUUAAAUUAAUUUAAAUACAAAACAUGCUAAAAUGUUUAUAAUUAAAUUAAUUUAGCAAAAUGUUAAGUUUAUCUCUGAAAAAUGUAAGAAGAACAAGCACAAGGUAGUAGUUGCAACGAAAAAUUUAAAAUUAUUGUGUUGUAGCAAAAAAAAAAAGAAGGAAACAAGUUAUACCUAGUAUAUUGGGGGCACGCGAAAAGUAGCCAGAAUAUUGCAAAAGCGUGUUUUUAGCGAAUUAAAAUUAUGAAAAUAAAAAAAAACGGCAUUGAAAAAAAAUGUAUGAAACUAAAAAAAUUGAACCAAUUUUAAGCUGCUUUGCAACACCAACAGAGAAAGCAGACCCGCGAUAGUCUGUGAGUGAGUCAGACAUUCAGCCAUUGGCUUGUAUUUGCUGGCGUAAAAGAAAAUGAAUGCACACACAAUGGGAAAAUGGCGCGUGCACCACCAAGCCAGUAGUUUAGAGCAACCACCCGCUAUACACCGUACAUUGUCUACCAAAACACACACACCGCCACAUACGAGGCACCCUAAAAAUGUUUUUUAGGGUUGUUUUUUUCUUUGUUUCUAUGUUCAAUGUUCCCUCAUGCUUAACAACAACAAGCAACUAGGAGCAAGCAAUACAAGAAGAAUUUUUCAUUAGUGAAAAUCAUACAUAUAUAUGUUUGUUUGUAUAUAACUUUGUAUGCAAAUAUGUAUGUUUGAAUACACUUAUUUUGUACGAAAGACAUAUUGCGAAAUUCCAUUUAAUUCACUCAAAAAAAUUGUCUUGAAUUCGAAAAAUUUCUCUUCAGUAAGAUUAAAAAUUAUUACCCACUAAAUACUAUUUUUAAAUAUAUACGGACAGCUGCAGUAUUUGCUUGCCUGUCCUGCCUACCUGUUAUUUUGGGUGUAUGUGUGCGCCUGUCGAGUUGAGCACAAGCUUUCUGGUGCCGUUGGUAGACAGAAAUUAAAUGAUAUAUUUUCGAAAGCGAAAUGUUUGAAAAUUUAAAUUAAAAAAAAAAGUUUCUUAUUGAAUUUCCAAUAAAAAUAUGAUUUUUAAACUUUUGGGAAUUAUUUGAAGCUUUGAUUGAUAUUUUAUGCAUUUUUGCUUUUCUCAUAGAAAAACGAGGAUUUAACAAUUCGAAAAGUAUUGUAACGGGUUUUGCUGCUAAAAAAACUGAAUUUCUAAAUUUUGAUUCGCUAAAAUUUUACACGCUGAAACGUGCUAUUCCACAAAAUUAA